AGACAUGGAAGAUUAUUUACGAACACUUGUGGAGCGCGGUAAAGACAACAUGACACUGUUGUUGUAUUUGCAAAAAGAUUACUGUGUUUCCUGGAGUCUUAGUACAUUAAAAAGACGCUUGAAAGAUUGGAAUAUUAAAAGGCAUGGAGAAUAUACACCUGAUAAUGUUCGAAGAGCAGUGCAAAAAGAAUUGCAAACAGCUAGAAAACUUGUUGGAAUAAAAAGAAUGUACCAGCGAUUGAGACAACAUCACCAUAUGCUAGUUAAAAGAGAUCAAGUUGAAGCUAUCAUGGUGGAGCAGAACUAUAGUGCGAUGCUUAAAAGACGCUGUGGCAGAUUACAGAUAGGGGAAAGGCGACGUUUUUUUUCAAAGGGACCAAACUGGUCUUGGCAUUUAGACGGCUAUGACAAAUUGCUUGGAUAUAAACGGAAUAAAUUUCCCUUUGCAGUACAUGGAUGCAUUGAUUCCUUUUCAAGAAAAAUCUUGUGGAUGAGAGUACACCUUUCUAACAAAAGCCCAAAUCGUAUUGCACUCUAUUUUUGGGAAACUGUAAUUGCAGAAAAUGUUUAUCCAAGAAGAACACGGUCUGAUGCCGGAACAGAAGUUGGUCUACUUGCUCAAUGUCAGAUGUUUCUGCAUCGAAAUACGGAUGUCAAGGAUGUACAUGUAUACGGGUCUUCAAUAACCAAUCAAUGUAUAGAAAGCUGGUGGGCACAGCUAAGAAAAUACAAUGCUCAAUAUUGGAUAGAUGAAUUCAAG